UAUAAAAUUUAAUUUAUUCAUAUUUAAACUCUAUUGCCUAAUUUGCCUUCGUCAAAACACACCGAGCGAAUGCACUCGCCCCAGAAACCAAAACAGCAUUUAGCUGAGAAUUAGCAGGGCUAGAGAGUCUGUCUUUAAUUACUUAUUUGUGUUCCACCACAAUGCCGAUUUCAACGAGUAAAUUGAAAUCUGUUGAUUUUUACAGGUUAGAUUUCAUUUGACUGUGUUUUCAUACUUAGAUUAUAUUAUAUGCCGACCUUCCACUUUUUCGUAAAUAUCUGGCGUCUGUUUUUUUCUGUGCUAUGUUUUGUUUUGACGCAUUUCUUUUACAGUUUUACAUUUAGUCAUUGGUUUUUGUUCAGCAGUUUUUCCAGCAAAUGAUUGUGGGAUUUCUAUUCGAUAUGCUUAUAUAACUAUGAAAUGCUAAAUAAGAUGUAUAGAUUUUUUAGUUUAGGGUUGCUGAUGCAUUUCCAGUUGCACAGCAGUAGAGUUCUUUACCCAAAAUGCUAAACCACGAAGUGGUGUAAGUAACCAGUACUGCUGAACAUUACCAAGAUAUAAGACAUGCCAAGUGUUUUUGUUCAAAUAACCCACGUUUUUACAAUAAAAACAAUUGAUCUACUUUAGCUGGUUAACGCCAGAAAAGUAGAUACUAUUGUAUACUGAUUCUGAGGGGGGUCAUUAAAGGAUAAGCAUUCAAACCAGAUGCAAGAUCUGGAGUGAUCUGGUACAUCCAGUGCAUGGAAAUAGGAAAAUUCCAAGAGAUCUGACGGAGGCAUCACUAUCAGGUGCCGGGCUAUCCCUUAUUGCAGCCUUUUGCAUGAUCCUUUUAUUUGGAAUGGAACUACAUCAUUACCUGGCUGUGAGCACUACAACAUCUGUAGUUGUUGACAGGAGUGCUGAUGGGGACUUUUUACGAAUUGAUUUUAACAUUAGUUUUCCUGCGUUGUCUUGUGAAUUUGCAUCUGUUGACGUGAGUGAUGUCCUUGGAACAAAUAGGUUGAAUAUUACAAAAACAGUGCGAAAAUAUGCUAUAGAUUCAAAUUUGAGGCCUACUGGGUCUGAAUUUCAAUCUGGAGCAAUUGAAAAUGCUAUUAAGCAUGAUGAUGAAGUAGAUGAAGAGCAUGCUGAAGGUUCAGUAACACUAACUGGACGUAACUUUGAUAGAGUAUCACACCAGUAUCCAAUUUUGGCUGUGAACUUUUAUGCUCCUUGGUGCUAUUGGAGUAAUAGAUUGAAACCUUCUUGGGAGAAAGCAGCCAGUAUUUUGAAAGAAGAUAUGAUCCAGAAAUGGAUGGGCGGAUUCUUUUGGGAAAGGUUGAUUGUACUGAAGAAAUUGAUUUAUGCAGAAGAAAUCACAUACAAGGUUAUCCAUCUAUUCGAAUCUUCAGAAAGGGAAGUGAUAUUAGAGAUGACCAUGGACACCAUAAUCACGAGUCUUACUAUGGAGACCGAGAUACGAACAGCCUGGUGACAACAAUGGAAGAACUGGUUGCACCUAUUUCGUUGGAGUCGAAGUCUUCAGACAGUAAGUCUGUUAAUGUGACAGAAGGUACAAAACGACCUGCACCAGCAACAGGGGGAUGCAGACUUGAAGGUUUUGUGCGUGUUAAGAAGGUUCCAGGAAACCUUGUCAUAUCAGCUCGUUCAGCAGCUCAUUCAUUUGAUGCUUCCCAGAUGAACAUGUCACAUGUGAUCUCCCGUUUUUCCUUUGGUAAGAUGUUAACCCCACGGGUAGCAAGUGAUGUGAAGAGGUUAAUACCAUACCUAGGUCAAAGCUAUGACAAGUUGAGUGGCAAUGCAUACAUUACCAAUCCAAAGGAGUCCAGUGAAAAUGUUACGAUUGAGCAUUACAUUCAAGUUGUGAAAACAGAGGUGAUGACAAGAUCCUAUAAACUAGUCGAGGACUAUGAGUACACAGCUCAUAGUAGUUUGGUUCAUAGUCUUUAUAUACCAGUCGCUAAGUUUCAUUUUGAGCCAUCGCCAUUGCAGGUCCUCAUAACAGAAAACGUAAAUUCGUUUUCACACUUUCUUACCAAUGUCUGUGCCAUUAUUGGAGGCGUUUUUACGGUGGCUGGCAUAUUGGAUUCCAUUUUGCACAAUACUAUGAGAAUGGUGAAAAAAGUUGAAUUAGGAAAGAAUUUUUGAUAAGUACUUCACCUAAGUUAUUUCAUUUAAUUUAAUCUAUAUAUAUUGUUCGUAGACCAAACGUAAACGUAGCAUAUGAAUCAUAACUGCUGAUAUCGGAUUUCUGUUUUUCAUCUAACUGGAUUUUGACAUUAAAAAAGAAUAUAUGUAUUGAAUAAUACUAUAAUGUUUCGGAAAAAAUAUUAA